CUGUGUAUGCUAGAUCGCAGGAACGGGCGGAGAAAGGAAACAAGAAAAAAAACAAAGGAAUAUAUCCACAUACAGAGUGUGAUGCAAGAAGUAAAGCAAGAUCUUCACUAUUAUAUAAACAAGCAAAUCUCUUGUCAGUGAUGAGCUCUAGAUUUCCUGUGUCGAUUUAAAUCUGAGGUUGAUUCUCGAAGGAAUACCUGAAUAAAGAGAGGCAGAGGUGAUUGGGAAUAGAGAGAUUUGAAGAAUGUGGAUUCUCUAUUCUUGAGAGACUUUGGAACUAACCUCAGCACUUAACACCAGAUCUCAAUAUCAAAAUCUUUUCUUUUCUUUUCUUUUUUUUACUGUAGAGAGAGUGAAGCAGUUAAAGAGAGAGAAAGUAUUAAGAAACAAUUGAGUGGCGGUGGGUGUCCGUUUAGUGCUUGUUGGGUGUCUCUGCUCCUGUUAAUUAUUAAUUCUUAAUUAUCCCUGGUCUUACUAAUUAGUUGUUAAUUAAUAAUUACUCAUUUCUUAGUCCUUUCUGCUGAGGGCCGGGGGAACAACGCACCGCCUAUUUUGCUCUCUUGCUUUGCCCACUCCAUUCAAUCCAUUGCCAUUAUCAUCUAAAUCCCAAUUACUAUCAUUAUUCUUCUUCUUCUACAAGAGAAAGUUUACCUCUUUUUUCGUUUUUCACCUAUUCUUCUCGUGAAUUUUCGUUGUUCGCCUGGUUCUUGGUUUUUAUUGUUAAGGUGGGGUUUUGUGUUUUGUGAUCAAAACUUUGCUCCAAUAAUGAAGUAUAUGAAGCUUGGAUCAAAGCCCGAUUCGUUUCAGACUAUAGGGAACAAUAUCAGAUUCGUAGAAACUGAAUUGGCGACUGAUAUCAUCGUAAAUGUUGGAGAUGUGAAGUUUUAUCUGCACAAGUUUCCUCUUUUGUCUAAGAGUUCUCACUUGAAGAAGCUGGUGGCAGCUAUUAGCGAGGAAAGCAACGAUGAGAUCGACAUUUCUGACAUCCCCGGUGGUCCUUCUGCCUUUGAAAUAUGCGCCAAGUUUUGCUAUGGCAUGAUAGUCACCCUCAAUGCCUACAAUGUGGUCGCUGCUCGAUGUGCAGCAGAGUAUCUCGAGAUGCAUGAAUCCAUAGACAAAGGAAAUCUCAUCUACAAGAUCGAAGUUUUCCUCAGCUCUAGUAUUUUCCGAAGCUGGAAGGAUUCAAUAAUUGCACUUCAAACUACAAAGCCUCUUCUACCUUGGUCUGAAGACUUGAAGGUGGUCAGCCAUUGUAUAGACUCAAUAGCUUCCAAGGCUUCCAUCGAUCCUUCUGAGGUUCAAUGGUCUUAUACCUAUAAUAGAAAGAAACUUUCUGUAGAGAAUGGUAUUGAUUCAGAAUGGAAUGGCGUGAGAAAACAACAGGUAGUACCUAAAGAUUGGUGGGUUGAGGACUUAUCUGAACUUGAAAUCAAUUUGUACAAAAGGGUCUUAAUGGCUAUCAAGACUAAAGGCAAAUCACAUCCACGAGUUAUAGGAGAAGCUUUAAAGACUUACACAUAUAAAAAACUCCCUGGUUUCAGCAAAGGCAUUAUAAACAAUGGAGAUACUGUGAGAUAUUGUAUUUAUUUAGACACCAUUAUUUGGCUAUUGCCUACCGAAAACGGUUCUAUCUCCUGCAGUUUCUUGCUAAAGCUACUUAAAGCUAAAAGAUUGGUAGAUUCUGGAGAGAAUUGUAUUAAAGAUUUGGUGAAGAGAAUAGGAAGGCAGUUACAUGAAGCUUCGGUUUCAGAUCUUUUAAUUCCGAGCUCAGAAGGGGAUGACAUGAUAUUUGAUGUUGAUACAGUUCUCGAUAUUGUUGAGGAGUUUUUGAUGCAGGAGCAAGGAAGUGGUCGAAUGAGCCCAGAGACCUCUGAAGAGCUUCAGGAGGUUAGAAGUCCAGUGUCUGUCUCGGCCAGUUCAAAAGUAAUUGUAGGUAACUUGGUCGAUAGAUACCUUGUUGAGGCUUCAAAGGAUCCGAAACUACCUCUUUCAAAGUUUAUUAAACUUGCUGAGAUGGUAUCAAGUUCUUCAAGGCCUGUGCAUGAUGGACUCUAUCGAGCUAUUGACAUGUAUCUCAAGGAGCACCAAGAUCUAACCAAAACUGAUAAGAAGAAGAUAUGCAGCCUGAUCGACAUCAAGAAGCUGACCCCCGACACCUGCAUGCACGCUGUCCAGAACGACCUCCUUCCGCUCCGCCUCGUCAUCCAAAUCCUAUUCUUAGAACAGAUGAGGCAACAAUCGUCAUCAUCUGCAGGCGAUCCCGAUCCCCCAGGCAUUGCCCGCUCUCUGCUCCCUCGAGAGUACGGAGCCUCCUACAGGAGCUCAAAGUCAGCUGCCACAACCAACACUGACGACUACUGGGACGCUGGGGACCUCAGCUCGAUGAAGUACAUGAAUUUGGUUGGAAGAGGAGGUACGAAAAAGGUUGAGAAUGGAAAGGUGAAGUCUCUGAUGCCCAAGAAGCUACUGAGCAAGUUGUGGUCAAAUAAAGGGAAGAAUGGCGAAAACAGCAGCUCUGAUACGUCUGAGAGCCCAGGGGGUUCAAUGAAUCCAGAGGAGUUGAAGUCCACGCCUUCAAGAAACACAAUGAAUUCAGUUUUGUAGAUUUGUAAUAGAGGUGAAAAGAUUUUGUAGGUAUACAUGUAAAGGGGAUUCUGUUCUUUGCGCAUGAAUGAAUGGCCUUUAAACUCUUUUUUGAUAAGAAAGGCAACUGUAUGUAGUUUGGGUUCUGUUAGAAAAGAGAAGGAUAUGAGAGAGGACGGAGAACUGUUUUUUUUGACUCAGACAUUACUUAUAUUUAUCUGCUCUUAUAAAAAUAGCAGAGAGAUUUCA